AUGGCUGAAUUGUUCUAUGUAGGAGGAAGAGAAGAAGGCCCACCAAACAAAGAAGAACAACAACAACACAAACAAACACAACCCACCUUGUUUAUGUACCGAAACGACCAACAAAUCCACCACAAAGGCUUCGAAAUAUGGCCUCCACAUUACCAAACCCACUUCUCCUCCGCCGUUGGUCAGAGCCGCCGCACCGACUCCGAUCACCCCUCCAGAUCCGCCUUCACCGCCACCAGACCCGCCGCAGCCACUGCCGGAGGCAUCAAUUGCCAAGACUGCGGCAACCAAGCCAAGAAGGAUUGUGCUUAUUUGCGGUGUAGGACUUGCUGUAAGAGCCGAGGGUUUCACUGCCAGACUCACGUGAAGAGCACGUGGGUUCCGGCGGCUAAACGCCGUGAACGGCAGUUUCGUAGUGGGGAUAAUUCCAAACGACUUAGAGAAACCCAAUCCGCCACCGCCACCGCCACCCCUCGUUUGCCCUCCUCCUUCACCUCAGAAUUGGAGAAAUUUCCAUCGGAAGUGAACUCACCGGCGGUGUUUCGGUGUGUGAAAGUAAGCGCGAUGGACGAUGAGGAUGAAGAGUUUGCAUAUCAGACGGCUGUGAAUAUCGGAGGCCACGUGUUCAAAGGAAUUCUCUACGAUCAAGGCUCUGAAGUCCAUUACACCGCCGGCGAGAGCUCCUCCGGCCACGGAGGAGAUGGAUCAGUACACCCACUUAACUUAAUUGCUGGACCCUCCAACGCCGCCGCCGCUUCCACCACUACCUCGGCUGCAACCAGUUCCAACCCCACCGCCACCGCCGCCGCCGUCGCGCCGUUGCUUGACCCUUCUAUAUAUCCAGCUCCUCUUAAUGCAUUUAUGGCUGGUACGCAGUUCUUCCCACCCUCUAGAUCAUGAGAAAAAAA